CCCACCGAAUUUGAAACCGAAAACAUUAGCUUAGCUCAAGCUAAACGAGUGAAUCAUUUACCUGCAGAUUCUGUCAAAUCCGUCCAUUUAACACAAUAUUCCGCAAAACAUGUGCAAGAUAUGUAUUUUUAUACCCGUUAUAAUGCUGUUAUGUACUCGCUGGCAAAGUGCAGAGGGAAACAAAGGAUAUUCCUACCCAGAUUGCACCCAUGUAAAUGGAGACAGUGCCCAUAUAUAUUCUGGGAGCCGAUGCUUCUGUUACAGCUCUGGUACAGUAAUCAAAUGGAAAGACAUGUGGUCCACUUUCAAGGUGAACGUGACGAGUUAUGAGGACGUCUUCAUCAUGUUCCCGAUGGAGACCAGUAAUUGCCACCAUCCAGAUGAGCUUCUCACAGUUAUUAACUGCUUUGUUGAACAUUACUGGCCAUCCACGAUCCAAAAGGAGAAGGCUUUGGACAUUCCUCUGGUUGAAGAAAAUGUCUGCUUUAUGACCGAAUCACCUAGAAGCAACACUGAAUACACACUACACGUCUCAAACAAAAGGUUAAAUAGAAUGUGCUUCUUGCUCUUUAUCUGUGGGCUGGUACUUUUUUUGGGAGCAGGAACCAUAUGCAGGAGCUCACUGUUUUUCUACAUGACUGGAGUGACAUUGGGAGUCAUCGCCAUAUUUGUCUUUCUAAUACUUAUCCUAAGGAACUUCAUACCAAAGCGAGGGCUGUUUCUGGUGUUGUUGGGUGCUGGCUCCAGUUUAUCCUACAUAGGGAUCCAGAGGGUGUUAAAUGAAUGGGACGACAUCGUGACUGAGCACUGGAUAGAAUUGCUGGUUUAUGUGCUGAUCUCGGGCUCAUUUAGCUUCAUCGUAUGCUACAUGCACGGCCCCAUCACCAACAACCGCACCCUGAACUUGAUGACCUGGUUCAUGCAAGCUGUAGGCAUAGUAUUGCUUUACUAUGGCAUUACAUUCCCCCCUGCAUACCACAUACUGCUUGCUUGCCUGUUGUGCUGGAAGAUCCUGCCCUUAGUCCUGAGCCUUCUGAUGGGGAUAUACAGUCUCUGCUACUCUUUCCUGGGACUGUUCCGGUGGAAGAAACGCCCCAAGUCUAGGUUGCUGACCGAAGAGGAAUACAGAGAGCAGGGAGAGAUCAUCACUAAACAGUCACUGGAUGAACUGAGGGAGCACUGCAACAAGCCUGGUUUUCCUGCAUGGGAGACAGUCUUGAGGCUCAGAGCACCGCAAAAAUUUGCAGAGUUUCUGCACAGAGGCUUCCACGUCACUCAAGAGGAGCUUCAGAGUUAUGAAAGACAGUAUGGCCCUGGUGGGGCGUACUAUGAGAACAUGCUGUUUAACAACAGCUCCAGUGAUGGACUGCCUGAGAGAGAAGAAGACGAUGACAGCGAGGAGGAGCUACAUGGAACCAGUCCUUCAACCUCAAACAACCUCCCCAGUCCCCCGGAAUACAGCGCUGCAGUCUGCCCCUUCCCCAAAGCCACCUACACUGCUCAACCAAAACCCAUGGAUCCGGAAGACCAAGAUAUAUUUUGAAUCUGACUGAAGGAGGAGCGAUUUUAAGUUUUUUUUAAAUAAAUGGUAUAAAUGGUUUGAAUGGCACAAUAUCAUUAGGAAAGCAUGACUCUAAGGACCUUUAGGAGAUCUCUAAGAUUUGUAAUAAUUGUCUCUUUUGUUGACUUAAAUGAUCUCUUUGGGACAAGUGGACUGUUUUGUAAAGGUGAACCUGUAUUUGUAGUUCACCCAAAAAUGAAAAUUCUGUCAUUGUGUACUCUCCUCAAAUUGUUCCAAACCCAUAUGACUUUCUUAUGUGGAACGCAAUGGAGAUAUUGGACA